AUGUCUUCCUUAGACUUCCUCUCCUCUUUUCCUCGCAGCCAAAAUGGCCAAAACGAUUCUUUCUGGAAUCCAAUCUCGCCUCCAGCACCUAGUAAGACUCGGCUCCCCCAAGCACCAUACCAAAUAUCGCUAACCCACAAUCCUCUAGCGACUCAUCACCGAAGACAAAGCGACUAUCUGUCCAGAACAAUGAGCAAUGCCCUCGGCAUUGUCCCAUUGCCUAAUUUCAACUUCGACGAAAGAAAGCCACAUCGUAUUACCUCGCCGCUAUCAAAUGUGAAGCCCAUUGGAUAUGAGAGAACAAUCUCACGUCAGAUGGGAUAUUCACACUUUAGCAUCUCAGAAGUUGGGGAAGAUGUACCGAUGGUUGAGCAAGAAGAGAGUGGGGGCAAUAGUCCCAUUAUCACGCAAUCGUUGAUUCAGGGAAUUCACCCAGUCCGACAUGGGGCGUCCAAUUCCAUGCAAGAAGACGGUAUAUCUAUUCUGGAUCUUGAGACUUCUAUGGCGAGAUUGAAUGUCAACGAGCAAUCUCCUCCUUCGAAGGGCAAGAAAUCCUACGGCACACUCCAGAGGAAUCUUCCCUAUGCUCAUGCUCGUGACCAUACUGCAAAUACGAGUAUGCACCCAUCCAGCGUCGCGACCAGAAAUAGAGAUAUCACUGCGAUCUUCCAAGGACCACAAUUCCCGAACAGUCUUUCCUCGAGCAGUGGUGCACCAUACGCACCAUCUACUCAGUUUCAACCACUUGGUCAUCGUGCUGCUGGCUAUCAACAGAACAGAAGCAUGACUAGUUAUGAAGGACCUGGGCAGUAUAUGUCCCAGUUUAAUUCACAAGUGGUUGGUAACCCACCGACCAUUGAUGAUGACAACACCGGCAAUAGGCAGAUGCCGAUGAAUAGCUUUGUACACACACAGAGUAAUGAAGUCUCACGAAGCCUGAGAACCCCUGUCGGAAACUCGCACCCAGGUGCUUAUUUCGCCCAAUUCACAUCAAACGCUCCCUCCGCCAGCGUUUCAUCAAUGGUUGGCCAGAUAUCAAACAACACAUCCGGCAUAUCAUCAGUCCAGUCUGGAAUGAGACAAACCAACAAAGUUUUACGAGAACACAGCCUCCUCGCACCCCUCCCCUCCUCCACCGCAGCCGUCUCACACAACCUCAACGACAAAGAAGACCGCGAACUCACCAGCAAAUUCGGCGGUGAAGCACAUCUGCCCAACGAGUUGAACUGCGCAGUCUGGAUUCAAGGAAUCCCAAAAGACUUCACUCAGCAGUUCCUCUACCAGGAACUCUUCAACGUCGUCUCAGCCGGCCCAAUCAUCGCGGUCUACAUCAAUUUUGGAGGGGAUCAACACCCGCACCACGCCGCCAAGGUGAUCUUCAAACACCCCGAACACGCAGCUCGUUUAUUCCAGCGAGCAUUUUUCCAGGGUAUUUACAUCAAUGGAAAUCGAAUCCGGGUGGAACCAAAUCGACACGGACAUCGUGGAUAUCCGCUCAAACUUCACUAUCGAAGUCGUGUGGUUCUCGUUGAAGUCUUCAAUAAUCCUAGCAUGGAUCUCGCGUUCUGGCAGAAGUUCAUCGCAAAUUUGUGUGUGUAUGAUAUUGAAAGAUGUAGACAUCUCGCCUACAGUAGUCCAAAGCGAAUGGUGAUGGAGUUUCGAUUUGCGCGGAUCUUUGGGCAGGCGUCGAUUUUGCUUGCCGGGAUUAUGAAUACCGCGGCGUUUGAGGGGAUCGUUACAGCGAGGUAUAUCCCGGAUGUGCCUUGCGAUAUCUGUGAUGUGUAUUGA